UUGAAAUAAAGGGAAUCAAACUCACACAAUCAAACAUGAUAACUUUAAAUGUGUAAUCAUGAAAAAAAUUGAACUUUAUUCUCCGAUAAUCGAUAACCGUUUCUAGUGAAUUUCUAACUUUACUUGUAUCAGUUAAUUGAGUGCCAAAUUCUGAAAAAUGAGGUUCGUUUUUUUGUUUUGUCUUUUGUUUUUUGCAAACUUUGAAAACAGCUUUGCGUGGAAAACAUUCCACAAUGGUAGAACUGUUGGUGGUAAUUUGGGUGAGCCACAUCACAACAAUUUCAUGAAAAAUGAUAUCAACGAUUUUGAACGGUGGUUUUCACAAAAUUUGGAUCAUUUCAACCCUACAGAAGAAACUAAAUGGCAGCAACGUUAUUUUGUAAAUGAUGAGUUUUUCGAUAAUAAAGCAAGAAAUGUUGUUUUCCUACAAAUUGGUGGAGAAGGUGAGGCAUCAGACAAGUGGAUGACACAAGGGGCCUGGAUUGACUAUGCCAAGGAAUAUAAAGCACUUUGUUUUCAAUUGGAGCAUAGGUUUUAUGGAAAAAGUCAUCCAACACGUGAUUUAAGUGUUAAAAAUCUUCAAUAUUUAACCAGUCAACAAGCUUUGGCUGAUUUAGCUGUAUUUAUUGAAAAAAUAAAUGUACAAUACGAACUAAGUCCAGAUGUGAAAUGGAUUGCUUUUGGGGGAUCAUAUCCUGGUUCUUUGGCUGCCUGGUUAAGACAAAAAUACCCACACUUGGUGCAUGGAGCAAUGUCUGCCAGUGGACCACUUUUGGCUCAAUUGGAUUUUAAAGAUUACUUUAGAGUAAUAAAUGAAGACCUUAAAACAACCAGUGAAGAAUGUUUUAAAGCAGUUCAACAAGGCACCCAACAAAUCAAUACUCUUCUCAAACACAUGGUAGGACAAAGAAAACUAAACAAGCUAUUUAAUUUGUGUGAUCCACUAGAAAAAACUAUUAAUAACCCAAUGGAUAUCUCGAACUUUUUCGAAACAUUAGCAGGAAAUUUCGCUAACAUAGCUCAGUACAAUAAAGAUAACAGGAUUGGUAAAAGUGCAACAGGGAAUAUUACACUGGAUACUUUAUGUAAUAUUAUGAUCAAUCAGACAAUUGGACCUCAAGUACAUCGUUUAGCCGUUGUGAAUGAACUUACUUUGGAAGCCUAUGAUCAAAAGUGUUUGGAUUAUAAGUAUGAUAAUAUGAUAGAGGAUUUGAGGAAUGUGAGUUGGGACAGUGAACAAGCAGAAGGAGGUCGUCAAUGGACAUACCAAACAUGCACUGAAUUUGCAUUUUUCCAAAGUUCUGCUUACGAGCCGCAACUAUUUGGCAACAAUUUUCCUGCCAGCUUUUAUGUGCAGCAAUGCGAAGAUAUUUUUGGACCGAAAUUUAACGAAUCCUACAUUGGCCGCGCCAUAGAAAGAACAAACACACUGUAUGGUGCUUUGGACAUUCAAGUGGACAAUGUUGUUUUUGUGCAUGGGUCCGUUGAUCCAUGGCAUGCCCUGGGAAUCACAGAAACAAAACUUGCCAAAGCCCCUGCUAUUUAUAUUGAAGGUACCGCCCAUUGUGCUAACAUGUAUCCCCCUAAGGACGAUGAUUUGCCACAGUUAAAAGCAGCAAGAAAGGAAAUUAAGAAAUUAAUUGGAACCUGGUUGCAGCAAUGAUUUUAAAUGUAUUUAAAUUUAUUAAUUUAAUAAAUUUUGUUUAUUAAACCAA